AUGAAUCGUUCUUCUGCACUUUCCAGCUAUGGCCAGAACCUGCUGAGCACCUUUGGGAUUGGGCAGUGGGCUCCCAGUGAGGUGGUGAACGUGUGGUUGGAUGAGAAGAAGUUUUACACGUACUCGCCUUUACCGGGUGGAUGCAAAGCGGGGCACUUUUGCUCCCACUACGUUCAAUGCCUACGCUUCUUCUUGUAUCAGAUUGUUGCCAGGAAGACAACAGUUGUUGGCUGCAGUUCGUAUACGUUUGCACAAUCAGACUUGUUGCUGCCCGAGUUCUUUCUGGAGGGAUUCGUCGCAAACAUACGAGAAAGCGAAAGCCAAGCCGCAAGCAUGGGGCCCCAGGGACCAGAGUCAACAGAUAGCGUCCUCCCCCCAACCACCGAGCUCUCUGCUCCUCCGCCUGACAUUUCCCCCGGCGCUACGAACAAGAAGAAGCGUCGGCUCAAGGUGAAACUCCCGGCAAUCAAGGACGUGCCAUGGAAGGGAAUGUUCUUAUAUGCGAUGGAAUGGAUGUCCAAUCCUAUCAACGCCGCUUCUUUCUUCUGGUGUGUCCUCGCGACGUUCGCCUUCGUUAUAGUCGUCAUGUGCGAGCUCGGCUUGAUGAAGAAUUACAUUCAUGACCAUGAGACGCUGGAGGAGGUGAAGGAGGUAUCCACUCAGAUCUUAAACGCUCUCUUCGUGCUCAUGUGCCUCAUUUGGCAUCCGGUCUUCAUGCGAGACGUGCUUCUGCUUAUCCGGUGGAAGCCGAAAGAUAAGUGGGAGAUUCGCGCCGAGUACUGUAAAGACGGGAAACGGAAACCCAACGAUCGCACGCACAUGGCGUUUGUCGUUUUCUGGCUGCAGCUAACGUGCUGGGCGACGUACGCCUUCGCAGCGGUCUUCCUGGUCUACCCUAUGGGUGAACGACCCAUGAGCCUGAUCAUCGUCACCACUGUCGUUUCCUUCGCCGCACCCGCGUUCGCCUUCCUCCAUCUGCUCCUGAGCCCUCUGAGCAAGGACUACGACAUUGUGCGGGUUGGAGAGGGCGACGGGGCCAAAGUGCAGAUGUUUCAACGGAGUGCUACGUUUAUGGUGUCUCACACGAAGGUGGAGGACGCGCAAUGGGCUGGGUCGGUAUUAAGUGAUCCCGAGAAGCGACAAAUCUACGAUCAGUACGGCGAGGAGGGUUUGAAAGGGCAGGCUGCACCCGGAGGGGGGUCGUACAGCAGUCAUGGAGGUCACUCGCAUGGCAACUUCCGUUUCAACCCACGAAGCGCUGAGGACAUAUUCGCGGAGGUCUUCGGCGGACACAGUCCGUUUGGAGGGGCUUACGGACCCGGAUUUGGCGGGAUGGGUGGCAUGGGUGGUAUGCCAAGUGGUCGAUUCAGUCGCAUGGGGAGCGCCAACGUAUCCGUCCAGGUUGACAGCAGACCAGAAGACGGCAAUCAAACAGGCUUUUGGGAAAACCUGACCAUGUUAUCUGAAUAG